GUGCUAACAGUGACCCCCCCGCUGCUCGCACAGCCCCGCGGCGCUGCUCUGAUUCUCGUUAAUCCCAACAGCUCUGCUGGCGGAGGGGCCCUCGGGGGUCAGCGCUGCCGUCGGGUGAGCGCUUUUCUGGUGUUAAUGAGACGGACCCCAUCCGCUGCGGGUCCGGCGGGCGGGGCCGAGCACCGCGCUGACUCACAGCUCUCCCCGCCCCAAACUGUGCCUCAGUUUCCCCAGCAGAGGCGGUGACGCGUCGGGCACACGGACGGGCGGCGGUGACGGCGUUCAAAGUCCCCUGUGAACGCGACGGGGGACGGGGAGAGCAGGCGGUGCCACCGCUCCGUUUUUCUCCCCGCAGGGCCACCAUGUUCAGCAAGAAGUCUUACGACGGCCCCCCCGCGGGAUACGGCCCCCCCACGGGGUACGGCCCCCCCACGGGUGAUUACGGCUACGGGUCGCCGCCGCCGGGCUCCUACUACGUGGAGGACACCCCGCAGCACUUCUACAAGUGGACGUCGCCUCCCGGCGUGGUGCGGGGGCUGCAGGCGGGGGUCCUGGUGCUGUGCAUCGCCAUCUUCGCCUGCAUCGCAUCCACGCUCGCCUGGGACUACGGCUACGGCCUGGGGGGGGGCUACGGCACCGGGCUGGGGGGGUACUAUGGGACCAACUACUACUAUGGCAGCGGGCUGAGCUACAGCUACGGCUAUGGGAACUACUAUGGAGGGGUGAACCAGCGCACGGCCAACGGCUUCAUGAUGGCCAUGGCCGUGCUGUGCUUCCUGGCCCAGCUGGGGCUGCUGGUGGCCGCGCUCAGCAAAUCCAGAGCCACGCGCUCACGGCGUUUCUACCUGUCCGUCCUGGUGCUGAGUGCUGUGCUGGCCUUCGUCAUGCUCAUCGCCUCCAUCGUCUACAUCAUGGGUGUCAACCCGCAGGCGCAGAUGUCCAGCAGUUACUACUACAACCCCUUGAUAGCCAUGUGCAGCCAGGCCUAUAGUAACAGCUACCUCUACCAGUACAUCUACCACUACUGCACCGUGGACCCCCAGGAGGCCGUGGCUGCUGUCUGUGGGUUCCUCAUCGUUGUGCUGCUCUGCCUCAUCUGCUUCUUCGCCCAGAAGACGCGCAGUAAGAUCUGGCGCUACGGCAAAGCCAACAUCUACUGGGACCGCGCGCCCGUGGUGCAGGAGGGGCCCGACGUGGAGGAAUGGGUGAAGAACGUGGCGGAUGGGGCCAGCGUGCAGGACGAGACGGCCACUCUUGCCUACUCAGAGAAGCCCACCAGCCCUGUCACCGCCCCCCCCUACAGCUACGUGCCCCCCCCCAGCGCUGGAUAUUACCCCUCAGGCACCUACAGCAGCCGGGGCGAUCAGCCGGACCGGGCCUUCAGUGCCAGCCCUGCGCAGGAGGAGGAGGAGGAGAAGGGGAAGGAUCAGCCCAGCAGACCCCCUGCCCGCCGUGGCCGCCGCCGUCGCCGCAACCCUGAGCUGGAUGAGUCCCAGUAUGAGACCGACUACACCACGGCUGUGGAGUCUGGUGAUGAGCGGGACCAGGAGCAGUGGGCCAGCCUGUACCCCCCCAUCACAUCAGACAGCACCCGCCAGCGCUACAAGCAGGAGUUUGACACCGACCUGAAACGUUACAAGCAGCUCUGUGCUGAGAUGGACAGCAUCAACGACCGCCUCAACCAGCUCAGCCGACAGCUCGACAGCAUCACUGAGGACAGCCCUCAAUACCAGGACGUGGCAGAGGAGUACAACCAGCUGAAAGACCUGAAGCGGAGCCCAGACUACCAGAGCAAGAAGCAGGAGAGCAAGGUGCUGCGCAACAAGCUCUUCCACAUCAAGCGCAUGGUGGGCGCCUACGACAAGGUGCGGGGGUAACCAGCACCAGGAGGAGGGGGGGGGCACCCCCCCACCAUCCCCACACACAGACUUUUGUGCAUUUUGUACCUUUUUUGUAAAGAAAAAAAACAAACCAAACCACACCCAAACACAUCCACCCCCCCCCCCAAAGUGCUCACCCCUCCCAAUUCCAUCCACUGUGAAUGCAUUGGGGGAGGGCUGGGGGCUGCUCCCCCCCUGUGCUGUAAUUAUGGCUGGGGGGGGGAGUUGUGUAAGGCCAACAUCUCUGGGAAAGGCUGGGGUCUGCACCAGCAUCACAGCCCCCCCCGGCACUGUGGGUACCAGAGUGGUACCUGGAGCACACAGCCCAAGGGGGGCAGAGCAUCCCUUGGGAUGGGGGGCAGUUGGGGGGGACAGAGCCUUUGGGGGGAGUCAGAGCUUUUUGGGAAGGCAUUUUGUAAGGAACUGGCUGAAACUGUGUAAUAUUUUUUCUAAAUAAUAAUAAAUGAAGUGUAUCUAUUGAUUUUCAAGCAAGGCUGCAGUGAGGUGGAUGCAGGGCUGUCCUUGCAGUGCUGCCACCCCCCCCUGCUGCACUGAGCCCUCCCCUGGGCAUCCCACUUCCUUGUAAUGAGGGGGGGUGUCCUUAGAUCCCCCCCCUCGUGGACAAACCUUUGCAGCCACCUGUAAUGGCAUUGCUUCCCCAUGAGGAACCUUUGGGAUGGAGAGCAUCUCCCAGACCCCCCCCAAACCCGCAGCAUUUUAAGGGCUUCACCCUCUGAUGGGGGGGGGGGGGG